AUGGCCAAGUCACACCUGCUGCCAUGGCUGCUGCUGCCGCCCAUACUCUGUCACCCAGGGGCAGCUGUCUGGACCGCUACAUCCCUGGCCUGUGCACAGGGUCCCGAGUUCUGGUGCCAAAGCCUGGAACAAGCAUUGCGGUGCGGAGCCCUGGGACACUGUCUACAGGAAGUCUGGGGAAAUGUGGGAGCCGAUGACCUGUGCCAAGAAUGCGAGGACAUUGUCCGCAUCCUCACAAAGAUUUCCAAGGAGGCUGUUUUCCAGGAAACAAUCCAGAAAUUCCUGGAGCAAGAAUGUGAUGUCCUCCCCUUGAAGUUGCUUGUGCCCCGGUGUCGCCAAGUGCUUGAUGUCUACCUCCCCCUGGCCAUCGACUAUAUCCAGAGCCAGAUUAGCCCAAAUGUUAUCUGCAAGCGCUUGGGCCUGUGCCCACUGGGGCAGCCUGAGCCAGAACAUAAGCCAGGAAUGCAAGACACCCUGCUGGAACCUCCAUGGGACAAGUUGAUCCUUCCAGUGCUGCCAGGCAACAGCUUAGCGAGGUCUGGGCCACACACACAGGAUGUGUUGGAGAAGCAGCUUCCCAUCCCUCUGCCCUUCUGCUGGCUCUGCAGGACACUGAUCAAGCGGGUCCAAGUCAUGAUUCCCAAGGGUGUGCUGGCUGUGGCUGUGGGCCAGGUGUGCCACGUGGUACCCCUGGUGGUGGGUGGCAUCUGCCAGUGUCUGGCUGAGCGCUACACAGUCCUCCUGUUAGAUGCGCUGCUGGGCCGCGUGCUGCCCCAGCUGGUCUGUGGUCUCGUCCUCCGAUGUGCCACUGAGGAUGCCAUCGGCCCAGCCCUCCCUGCUCUGGGGCCCCCGGAUGAAGAAUGGUCCCAGCAAGACUCCGAGUGUCACCUCUGCAAGUCUAUAACCACACAGUCUUGGAACGUUAGCGAGCAGGCCCUGCCCCGGGCCAUGAGCAAGGCCUGCCUCCGCUUCUGGCUCAAUAGGCCAAAGUGUGAACAGUUUGUGGAACGGCACAUGCCUCAGAUGCUGGCACUACUGCCCAGGGGCUUGGAUGCCCACGCCACCUGCCAGGCCCUGGGAGUGUGUGCGACCCCAUCCAGCCCUCUGCAGUGUUUCCAAAGCCCCCAGCUCUGAGGACUCAGCCUUGGAUACGAGAAAUGCCAUGUUGACCUGAGUCCAUACUCACAAGACCCUCAUCGCUUCCUGCCCAUCGUUUUCUAAG